AUGGACUUUGUGUUGGGUUUUCCACGAACAAGAGCCGGUAAUGAUACUCUUUGGGUUAUCGUGGACAGACUUACUAAGUCGGCAAAGUUUAUUCCAAUGAAUUGUAAGUGGGAUAUGGAACAACUUGCUCGUGCUUAUAUUAAGGACGUGAUUCGACCUGAUAUGCUUGUUCAAAUGACUGAACAAGUGAAGUUAAUUCGCGAGAAAAUAAAAGCAGCCCAAGAUAGACAAAAAUCUUACGCCGAUCUCCGACGUCGGCCUAAUGAAUUUGAAGUGGGUGACAAGGUUCUACUUUGUGUGUCUCUAAUAAAAGGAGUAGUUCGCUUUGGUGCUCGUGGAAAAUUAAGCCCAUGUUUCAUAGGUCCUUAUGACAUUGUGGAGAAAGUAGGGAAGUUAGCCUAUCGAUUAGCAUUGCCUAAUGCUCUGGAACUUGAUGAGAGCCUAACCUAUGAGGAACAGCUUGUCCGGAUAUUGGAUGCGAAGGUCCAUAGUACUCGUCGGAAGGAUAUCACCAUGGUUAAAGUAUUAUGGUCCAAUCACCGCUCACAAGAGGCAACCUGGGAGACAGAAUACUCCAUGCGAGAGCAGUAUCCUCACUUUUUCUCUCAAGUUAGUAAGUUACGGGGACGUAACUUCGAUAAGGGGGGUGGAAGGCGAUAG